ACGAGUCACCUCGUGCCGAAACCGUAUUAGUCACACAAGCGUUUUGUUUAUCUUUACGUGUAGCGAAAGGGAGGAGCUGCGGCUCUUUAAUUAACCAGUAGCAGUGUGCAACACCUGCAUGUGGACCGCUCUAACCUGCUCGUUUAAUCAGUGCCGGCUAUACGGAUUAUUUUGGUGGUAUUGACUGCAGGGUUUACGUCUAAUUGUUUUGUGAAAAGAGAUGCGCUACGCCAGAGAAUGUGCCAGCGCGCUGUCGCCGAGGUCUUUAAUGAGGUCUGUGACUUCAGUGGGCUCCUCAAUCAGCCGACGAGUUCUGUAUUAUCCAGAGGUGCAAUUACGACCCUUCAGAGUAUGUACUUCUGACCGAAGCUGCAGAAAGGGGGUUGUAGCUGGAACACUGGAUGACCUUAUUAGUAAAGCACUUGCUGCUUUGCCACACAGAACAAGAUCUGUCACACUGGUGCUGGAAGAAGAUGGAACAGUUGUGGAUAAUGAGGAAUUCUUUCAGUCUCUGGAAAUGAAUACCCUCUUCAUGUUGCUAGAGGAAGGAAAGAGAUGGAGAUCUGCUAGGACUGUCUCUAGUACUCGACAUCCUAAGAAAAAAGGAAUUGCAAAGGUUACAUUUGACCUAUACAAAUUAAAUCCCAAGGAUUUUAUCGGAUGCCUUAACAUCAAAGCAACAUUUUAUGAAAUGUAUACAAUGUCCUAUGACAUCAAAUGUAUGGGAGCAAAGCAUAUGCUAAAAAAAUUGCUUCGCUACCUCUCCUAUAUUGCUCAGGUCACGGGACAAUUCUUACUUUAUGGAUCCACAUAUGUACUGCAGUACACAGAUGAAAGCAGUGACAUUGGGUCAUUGAGGAGCCCAACAUCUGCAUCAAAUAAGUGAUUCUGGAAUAACCAAAUCUCUCAACAAGAGCAGAACUUUUCCCUUUGAUUCUUGUUUAACCUUUUUAACUGUAAAGUGUAACUUUUAUCAUGAUCUUGGUAUGAUUUGGUAUUAAUGGAGAAGAACUUUAUUUGCACACAUUUUUAACUUGUAUGUUUUCUAUAGUUCUUUUCUGAGUAAGCUCUUCCAUUGGUGAAUACGGAAUAGCUGGACAUUUGUAGUAUCUAUAAUAUAGUGAAAUAUCUAUUGGGCAUUCCUCUUUACACAACAUUGAACUCAUUCAAUUUUUGGUCUACAGAUCAUAAAAUGAAUGGACUUUUUUAUCUUUGGUCCUCAUCGAUUGUAUUUAUUUUAUUUGUUUGUUUACUAUAAAAAUAAAUCUGUUUAGUUGUCUUGUGGUUUCUUAUGAUCACUGGUAUAUGUUUUAGUUAUCAAGUGGUGAUUUAUGUUUGUAUUUAAAUUUUGGUUCUAGUUUAAAGACAAUUAUUGUACCUUUUUAGAUUUUCCUAAUUGUUUAUUUUAAGGUAAAGUAUUUAAAAUUAGACUAGUUUCUAUACAUUACUCAUGACAAAUUUCUGACAGGAAUGAAUUUUAAAAUAGUGUCAUACAUAGCAUUUGCUGAGUUAAGUUAAAUGCUGGAGACCUUGUGCCUUCUACCUAAACUGUUAAUUUAAAACAACAUUUUUGUCUAGGAUUUUGUUUAACAAAUGCUAAACUGCAUGAGCUUCUACGGAAAAUGGCAAUUAAAUAAUUAUUUAGCAAAAUUACAGAGAACAUGUAAACUGAGGUGACUGUGAACAUUUUAUUGCUGUACAGUAUUUCAGAAUCAUGAGGGUAAAAUCAGCUAUCCUGAUCAAGAAAUAUAACCGAGAUCACAAAAGCUCAGUUAUGUUGAUGAGGUAAGAAACUGCGUCCUUUGGUGUCUUAAAGUUACUACUGUUUUUAUUAAUGCUUUUUUUUUUUUUUCUUCCAAUUUAUUGGUUCUUAAUUUGGAAAAGUUUAGCAGUGUUGUGUGUUUCUUAACCCAUAAAGAUUUAAUUAGUGGUGCUUUAUUUACCAAAUCAGGUAAGGACAAAUAUUAAAACAAACAUUUAUCAACAUUAUAUUUUGUUUUACUUGUGCCAUCUCUUGCCUUUUGUAACCUAUGUGAAUAUGUCUGUGUAGAAUCUACUGGAAACCUUUCAUAUCUGUUUGGUUUUUUUUUUUUGUUGUGUGUGAUUUAUAUAUAUAUAUAUAUUUUUUUUUUAUUAUUAUGAAUACACACGCUAUUGAAAGUUUUUACUUUAAAAAAUGUGUUAAACAGCAGCCAUCAUCUUGGCAUGUGCAGCACUGUCAACAUUUUUAAUAGUUGCUUUUUUCUGUUCUUUUCAAUACACAUUCUGCUAUUUGUUUCUUUAACUGACAUUUUAUGAACUUUACACUGAUUUGCCUUCUGUUGAAUAUCAGUGUUACACUCAUUACUGUAUUUUGUAUAUCUGUAGUGCAGAUAAUUUAAUUUUAUGAAUGCAGGUUAUCUACUAAGACAUUUAAUUAAAAGAACAAUGUGAGCCUCAACUUGGUACGUGUAUCACCAUAAAUAUCAUGUUUACAAUGCUGUAUAUUUUUUAACCUAAAUAGUUUAUUAAAAACAAAAUUCUUUUA